CGGAUAUUUAAAGCACAGAGAGGAGACAAAGGCAGAUCAAGAGGAGAGCUCCUGCUGGCCAUGUUACACAAGUCGGCUGGGGGGUGAAACCAGAGAUGGACAAGGCGGCUCUGCUCCCGGUGGUCAAAGCAGGAGACGGAAGGACCCUGUCCAGGGCAGAGUUUCUGUCUCUGCUGAAAACCUACAACUGUUUCCUGAAGGACCAGACGCAGCUGCACCUCAGCUACCAUCAGGGUGAUGAUGGCGAGGUGGUGGUGGAGGGCUUCCUGAACAUCUGCUGGGGGGUACGGAGGCCCAUCAGGCUCAAAAUACAGGACGACAAACAGACGCUUCCCUCUCCUCAGCUCACGUCACCCGACCCCGUCAGCCCCAUCAGCCCUGUCGGAGGCAAGAGAGGCAUGACGCGGUGGGGCGAGUACAGCGACCUUCACCACAUCGACGAGAUGGCAGAGACGCCCCAGGAGACGGGAGGCAGCAGUCCAUCAGCAGGCCCCGUCAUUUACGAGACCACCACGCUGCGCCCGGCCAGGCUGAAGCCGUCCGAGCUGGAGGCGGAGUCCAACUUGUUUCGCUGCAUGAGUGACGCCUCGCUGGUGAAGAGGCGGAGGGGGAAGGUCAAGUCAGCGGCGCAGAGGGAGAGAGAAAGACAACACCGCUUCUCCAUCAAUGGACACUUCUACAACUAUAAGACCUCCAUCUUCACUCCAUCCGUUGGCACUCCCACGAAGGUUCGGAUCUCCAGCAAGCUGACCACAGACCAGGUGAUCGAACAGCUGCUGAGCAAGUUCAAGAUAGAGAAUGAUCCUCAGGAGUUUGCCCUCUACUGUGUUCACCAGAGCGGAGAGAGGAGGAAGCUGAGUAACAGAGACCAGCCCUUAUGGGAGCGAAUACUCCAGGGUCCCUCUGAAGACAUCAUGAAGAUAUUUCUGAUGGACAGAGACGAGCAGGAAGUCAGCAACGAUGUGGCUCAGUACCUGAACCUGGAGCUUCCCAUCCUGGAGCAUGUUCUGCUGAAACUCAAAGAAGAGGAGAACAGAGAGAUCCAGAGAGUCAUUAGCAAGUACCACCACCAGCACAGGCUCCUGUCCCACAUCCUGAGCAGUAAGGUGUCUCCUCACAUCGAGACGAGUGUUUGACACGCAGGCGGAAACGACACACAAACAACAAAUCAAGCGUCUAAAUGAGAAAAGGGGACGAGACGGUUUCCAUCACAUCUGCAGCGCCGGAGCCGUCUGAUCCUGAAGACGAAGACACGGCAGACCGUCAAAAACUGAGGACAGGGAUGAAAACCUUUCAGUCGACGAAGCACCGCUCCCACAGGAAAAGUGAGGAGUGACGGUUUUUCCAGAGAAGCAGCUGCUGCGUCUCCUCUGUUGCUCUGUUUGUUUUUGUUUCAUU